ACUCCACUCGAUUGUCUCGAUGGUACGCUGCCCCAUGUGUAACAGCCCACACCCCACUCGAUUGUCUCGAUGGUACGCUGCCCCACGUGAAACAUCCCACACCCCACUCGAUUGUCUCGAUGGUACGCUGCCCCACGUGAAACAUCCCACACCCCACUCGAUUGUCUCGAUGGUACGCUGCCCCACGUGAAACAUCCCACACCCCACUCAAUUGUCUCAAUGGUACACUGCCCCAUGUGUAACAUCCCACACCCCACUCAAUUGUCUCAAUGGUACGCUGCCCCAUGUGUAACAUCCCACACCCCACUCAAUUGUCUCGAUGGUACGCUGCCCCACGUGUAACAGCCCACACCCCACUCAAUUGUCUCGAUGGGAUGCUGCCCCACGUGUAACAUCCCACACUCCACUCCACUGUCUCAAUGGUACACUGCCCCACGUGUAACACCCCACAUUCCAAUCGUACCCGUGCAGAACCUACUCAUGGAUUGUUGGAAAAUGGAGAAAGGAAUGCCACUGGAGCAGCAGCUGGGAUUCUUGGAGCCAAACUGACAAAACUACAAUACAGUACUGCAUACAUACUUAACAAUAAGAACAGCAUUUAAAGAGCUAAAUGAUUCUAAAGGGUCACAUCAAAUUCCUUCAACACUCAAUCAUGAAUGAUAGUGAACUAUUUAACAUUCAUUGCACAAUCCAUUAGCAUCUCUUUCUGGAAUUAUGUUCACAUGCAGCAGAAAGAGAAAUCUGAGGAAUUGCAAUCACAUUCACCUCUUCCUGUAGCCCCCACCCUCAUUAAAAUAUGUAAUCAGCCAAUUUUGAUUUCCUCAGCUGAUGUCAAGUAGUAGUUUCAGUCCAGACAACUCACAGCUGUAGGAUGGUUUUCUACUCCACAAGUUAGUCAAGUUAGUCCAGUUCUACCACAAAGACUACCCAACAAAAUGGAAAGUUGCUCAGAUAUGCCUUCUAGAUAAAAGGGGAAAACCAAUCAAAUGCAGCCAGUGAUUGCUCCAAGCUUCAGCGAUUUCAAGGAAGAUGUCAGCAACAGUGCAAUCAAAUGGCACUUACUCUGUUUGGGUUCUGCUGACUCUACUGGUCUCCUGAUUUCAGUCCAGCAUUGGUCCAAGCGUGCAUAAAAAAAAUCUUAAUUUACCACAGUGAGAAGGGAGUGAUUACCCUUGGCAUCACAGCAACAUUUAACAAAGUGGCAUUUAACUGUACUGGUAAAAAUGAAGGUUCUGAGUAUUAAUGUGAAUACUUUCAAUUGUCCAAGUUAGUUUUAACUUAAAGGAAGACGUUUGUGGUUCUUGGACACUGAUGAACUCAGCCCUGAAACACUGCUGCUAGAAUCCCUCAGUCAUUUCCUUCUUUGUCAAUGAGCUUCACACUGUGAUGAGGACAGAAAGUGAUUAAUGCUGAUUACACUGUCUUCAAUUCCAUUUCCAAACUUCCCAGAAUAUGGAACAGUACGUGUCCAUCUGUAACCAAGACCUGAGCAAAUAACCACCCAAUUCCCAAAUCUGUUGGAAAGGAAAUAAAUUAGCACCACUGUCAUAGGGUGGUAAUGAAUCAGCAUACAGGAGGGAGAUUGAAAAUCUGGGUAUGUGGUGUCACAACAAUAAUCUCUUACUCAAUGUCAGCAAGACCAAGAGUUGAUAUUGAUUUCAGGAGGAGGAAACCAGAGGUCCAUGAGCCAGUCCUUAUCAGAGGAUCAGAGGUGGAGAGGGUCAGCAGCUUUAAACUUCUCCGUGUUAUCAUUACGGAUGACCUGUCCUGGGUCCAACAUACCGUCAGCCUUCAUCGCAAGUGGAAAUCUAGGAACUGGGACUUGAAGUCGCAGUCUUUUGGCAGAGUGGCAUUGCUGAGCUGCAACAGGGUUCUUUUGAAGACCCUGACCUGGAGUUACAUGCUGACUUCAGUUCUUCGUGGGAAUGGGACCUGUUCUCGGGGUUUCAGGACUGGCCGUUGUUCGGCACGCCAAGGGUGCGGCCUGAGAGUCCAGCUCGAAUUCAGAAACCUAAGACCUCCGGGCUCUGGAGACGGGCGGAUCAAGGGUCGGUUACAUGGCAGGAGACCCAUGUGUCGUCGGGGGAGUCGGGGUAUCGGCUGUGGGCCCGAAGACCCGAGAUCUUUGCGAUCUUCAGGCACAAAGCUCGAGAAAAGCAACAUAACGGACUUCUAACAUCAUAAACCAGCGAGCUGUUUGUUAUGUCUCCCCCCUCGCUGUAAAAAUGGAGUCAUCUUUUUCUCCUUUAUUAGGGAGAGAGAGAAUCUGCAGUAUGUCGAAUGCCGGGUGUAAUGAGAAGUCUUUGGGGUAACUGCAAGUCUGUGUCUUUGCUAUUGCUUUGCUCACGCUGAGUGCUCGGUGGUGGUACCAAUACUUGCUUUUUUUGCCG